AUGGGUGACCCUCCGAAGAAGCAGCAUAGGAAGAUGCCGAAGAAGUCAGUUCCUGUGUCCAACGACGACUUGGAGUCCCGACGAGCCCUGCAGCACCACCCACGUGGACGGCAACCACGCACCGGCAGAUCGCCUCCUGCCUUGCGGUGGAAGCGCGGGCUGCAAGCACGUUCGCUACGGGCACUGUCGGCUGACUCGACGAGCUCCACGCCGUCAUGCCCGCCUACGCAAGUGAGUGCGACGCCAUCCACGCGCGCCCCAUGUGCCCUGGAUACUCCCUUCCGUGCAUUUCCCUUUGAUGCGCCGAAGAAGGCUCCCAGCGGCCACCACGCCGCACCGUCCGCUUCAACGGAAACCACCUCAGAGGCCCCCACUUCGGCUGUCUCCACCGACGACGGUGCCAGCUGGCUGUCGACCGGCGACACCGACGAGAGUGCCGGCACCUUCUUGCCAACCGCAAGCAUGAUUGGUGCCGAAACUACGUCCUCCCGCACGGACGCGACCACCUCGCCCGAGGCAAGUCCUGUCAGGCCGGUUUUCCCAUCACUGUCGUCGCCGGCGGCCUGCUCGUCGCCCCCGCUUACCAACACCGAGACCACUCCCCCUGCGGCGGAGAAGGGCUCGCGCUCGGCGGCGGUGGCUGCCCCCGUCGAUGAAGACGACCCAGCUGACGGUCCCUCGUACAACGAGAGCCGGCCGAGAGCGCCCACCCCUGCCCCAGCUGCUGAGGGAGCAGGGGAGCUUAUGCAGAGUAACUCUCCGCUUCUGCUCGCGGCCGCCGAGGACGCCCAAGCCUGCCAGCCAGCAGCGGUCCAGCCAAAACAAGCCGCAAGAAGGAGACGCCGUUACCGACGGUUCGUCGACUUCGAGCCGCACACCCCACCCGUUGACGACGGCGUCGCUCGCGAUACCGCCGUCACGGUCCUCUACCGUUCCAUCGGGCGCAAAGCGACUUUCCUCGCACUCUCACGGGACGGUAUCGCUGCCUAG